AAUCACCAAACCACUACCAAAACCAUAAACCUCCCAACUUCCCCACACAACACAUAAUAAGUUAAUAACCUUUCUUCUUCUUCUUCUUCUCUUGUUUUUGGUUUUACUAUUUUUCUUCUUUCUUCAACGAUAACACACAUAAAACAUAACCACAGAAAAAAAGGAGCAACCAAAAAAAAAAAAAAAAGAAUCAAUGGAUGGUUUGAUUCCAAUGGCGUUUAAGGCUAUGAGGAAAAACAGGACCCGAAAGCGUUACGAGUGUCUCUCUUCCUCCGCCGGCACGACUAAAGACUCCUACGACGAUUCCGACUUCUUCCCCUUCGCCGCUAAAUCCGAUCACUCCGUUGUAUCUCGACCUUCGUCGUCUUUUGAUCAUAUAGAGAUGAAUAACGUUGAUGUUCAACAACGUCACCACCGUGGAUGGUCAGUGGGAGAUUUCUCAUCCAUGUCUUGUCGGGAAGGAAAAAGAUCUGGUGUCGACGGCGGAGAUAUCGGUUUUUCUCCGUCGCGGCGAGGACAACUUGUGAGGAAUAGAAGCCAUAGAUUGUUCUCUUGUGUCUCAGGUGAAUGAUUUGUCCAUAUAUCCAACAAGCUUAAAUCUCAGCUCAAUAAAAAAAAAUUUGCAUCUUUUUUUGUGUUAAUGUUGAUUUUUCAUUACGAGAGUUUAAAGUUGUCUGGGGAAAAAACGCAAUUUUGUGUACUUUUGGCCGUUUGGGUGAUAUUUCGAUAUUGCUGUGUAAAGUUUUGGGGUCUUAGUAAGACAGUUCUAAUUAUUUGGGGCUCAAAAGAUAAAAAGAAAACUUUAUAAGUUCCAAAAGUCUUCACCUAAUUCAGUCGACGACGAUGCGCUGAAACGUUUUACAGGGUGUUGUAGUUUGAAACUGUUUUAAAACUAAUAUUGUCCAAAUGAAGUAGAUGGAAGAGGAGUUUUUUGAUCUUGAGGUUCAUAUAAAAAAGAAGAAAAUCUUUGCAGUUGUUUAUUUCUGACAAAAUCCUCUUAACUACAGUAUGUAUUAUUGUCUAUGUAUCAUGCAAAUUUAAAAGGUUUUAAAUUUGAGUGAAAAAAUGAAACUAUUUUUGUU